AUGGCGAGCCCCUAUGUGGGUGGAUCCGGAGGUGAAGAAAGAUCCGUUUCCGGGAACAGCCGAACCUCCAACAGUAGUGGAUAUGAAGUUAGAGAUGAUGAUGGAGUCAGCGAGAAUGAAUACCUCUAUCACGGCGGCCGUAGCCAGUACUCUGGAACCUCCACCAAGAAACCUCGAUUCACCUCUACCUCCCCUACCCCCAUGACUUCUUCUGCACGCGCCACCACCUCUGCCGCUACUCAACCAACAGGGAAGAAACGAAUUCGAAGAAAACUACAAAAAACACGAACCAUACAAGAAAAACAAUAUAUGGACUCUCAAGAACAAGAAGAAGUGGGAAAAGAGGGGCAGCUUUCUGUGAUCUUAUCUGACCCUAAAGUGCUGAAGUGCCCCGUGUGUCGUGACCCGCUCAGCCUCCCAGUCUUCCAGUGCAUGAAUGGGCACAUAGAAUGUGCAUUCUGUUGUGACAUGGGAGAUAACGUAUGUAGAAAAUGCUCUCUGCCAAUUGGGCAAAACCGUUGCAGAGCCAUGGAAAAGGUUCUUGAAUCACUCAAAAUUUCUUGUCGAAAUCAGAAGUAUGGAUGCAAGGAGACAGUAUGUUAUAGUAAGAAACUUGAUCACGACAACAAAUGCGUUUAUCAGCCUUGUUUUUGUCCACUUAUUGAGUGUGGCUAUGUUGGUUCCUCCAAGUGCUUGUAUAGGCACUUUAAACUCUAUCAUUCAAAUUCUUCAAAGCAAUUUCUUUUCGAUUCUGUUAUCCACAUUGCUUUAGAAAUGAAUGAGAAGGAAAUCUUCCUUCAAGAAAGGACUGAGGGUAUAAUUUUUAUCCUUAAGCGUUUUUUUGUUGAUGAUGGAAGUUUAAUCAAAAUCUGUUGUAUUCAACCUUUUGCGAACACACAAUUCUAUUAUGAUCUUAUAUCAAGAGAUGGAGCUAGCUCGAUCAGAUUAACAUCAUUCGCAGAGAACACGCCAAAGCGGCUUCCAGGUCCUCUUGUGGGCAAAUAUAUAAUCAUUCCAAAUGAUUUCUCUGGACCGCUCAGUUUGGAAGUUUGCAUAUCGAAGCACUAUGAACCUCCUCGUCAUACACAAGUGCUCAAGGUUCAUGUUCAUUGUCAUGGCUGCGUGCAAAAGGUGAAGAAAAUUCUUCGCAGAAUCGAAGGUGUAUAUGAAGUGACAAUAGAUGCUGAAGAACACAAGGUGACAGUAUCAGGAAAUGUUGAUAGUGCAACACUGAUUAAAAAACUGGCUAAAACCGGUAAACACGCGAAGCUUUGGCAGUCAAACCCAAGCGAGGAUGGAGAACUAACCAACUGGCCCGACAAUGACAAGUCCCUUGAUCAAAUACAAAAUUCAAUGGCAACUUUAGAUCACCCCACUGAAACUGAUCACUGGGACUUCCAUGAGAAUAUAAAUAAGGGCUUGGAAACAGAGUUUCUAAAAGGGGAGAGAGAAAACAGUCUUGGAGUGGAAACAAAGGUGGAUGAAGAGAGUUUAGGUUGGGAUGAACGUUUGGUCAAUGAUGCAGGCAUUGCAGAAGGUGGAAUGAACUCUAUGACGAGUCUUCGAGGUCACAACCCUGGUUUCUUUGGCCUAGAAGGCCAAGAAAUUUCCCGAGUACAAAAAUUCUGUGCAGGAGUGCCAGGUGCUGAAUACUGUUAUCCAUCACCAAUCCUGAUGAACAACAUGCAAGGAUACUGGUACAGCCAGCCUUAUCCAAUAUUGAUAUUUCACCAGAAUGCAGAAUAUCUAUUCCAUGCAUAA